AUGACCUCAACGGCAUCAAGGGAAUUGGAAGAGUACGAGCGUGAGGGUGGGAGACUCCCAUUCCUUCUAAACAUUGCCGAGGCCAAGUUGCUGGGGAUAGCUGGGGUUGGAUUCUUCCUCGAUGCAUACGACCUGUUCAUUAUCAACCCCGUUUGCACCAUGCUCCAGUAUAGGUUAUACAACGGCGGUCAUCUUCCCGCCAACAUGGAGGGAUUCGUGAAGGCAGGUGCCAAUAUCGGCAGUGUCAUCGGGCAAUUUGGCUUCGGCUACGCCGCUGACGCCCUAGGUCGCAAGGCUGUCUACGGCAAGGAGCUUAUGAUCAUCAUUAUCGCCACAAUCAUGACCAUUACCACUCCCACUGGAGAAAUCUCUCCGUAUAAUUCGCUUGUGUAUCUUGGGAUGUGGCGAAUCCUUCUCGGAGUUGGGGUGGGUGGCGAUUAUCCCAUGUCUGCGUCCAUCACCUCGGAGCGGUCUAACCUCAGGAAGAGAGGUACCAUGCUAGCGUAUAUAUUCUCGAACCAGGGUUGGGGCAGCUUCGUCGGAAGCUUGAUCACAAUCAUUGUCUUGGAGAUCUAUAAACCGUCUAUUAACGGCCGAGGGGAAGUCAGCAAACUCGACGGAGUGUGGCGGAUAGUCGUUGGCUUAUCGCUCGUCCCAUCAUUUGCAACCCUUUAUCAGCGUCUGACUCUAGGUGAAUCGAAGCGCUUCAAGGAUUCACAGGCCCAGCCUAAUAUGGACACGGAGAUGGGGGAUUCAAAGAAACCUCCAGUCCAGGGCGUUGACGUUGUAGUGAAGAAGCAGGCUCAUUUUAAAGGUGCAUUUAUCUCCUCCCUACCAAACCAAGUGUUAACCAGGUGGCACACAGAAUUUCUUCUUUAUUUUUCAGAGUGGCGACACGCCAAGAUUCUCAUAGGCACAUGUGUCUGCUGGUUCCUUCUUGACAUCGCAUUCUAUGGCAUAAAUUUGAACCAAAACAUUGUCUUGAUGCAAAUGGGCUAUGCUGGAAACGAGGGAACGGCUUGGGAACGCAUUUUCAAAAUCUCUACGGGUGGUAUCAUCAUCACGGCUUUGGGCAUGCUACCCGGAUACUACGCAACCGUUUUGACAAUUGAGAUUCUUGGAAGAAAGUGGAUUCAGAUUCAGGGAUUUCUGCUGGCCGCCCUCUUCCUGGGAAUCCUGGCUGGAAAGUUUUAUACCCUCGGUACGGCACCAUUUAUUGUGUGCUUCGCUUUCCUACAAUUCUUCUUCAACUUCGGGCCCAACGCUACGACAUACUGUUAUCCAGCAGAAGUAUUCCCAACUCGGUAUCGUGCUUUCGCGCAUGGAAUAUCGGCCGCUUGCGGAAAAAUAGGAGCUAUCAUAUCUGCAUUAGCGUUUAACACGCUCAGUAAGAGAAUAGGAACGCCCGCCAUUCUUUGGAUUUUCUUUGGUUGCUGUAUCGUCGGAGCGGGUGUUACAUUCUUGCUCCCCGAGGUUAAAGGCCGCGACCCAGACGAAGUACUUGCGCAGGAGCUGAGGGAAAGUGCAGCAGCUGGAAGGGGGUUAUAA